ACGGGCUUUUUAACGCUGGCUUAGAGGGUAAUAAAAGAAUGGAAGAAUAGAAUACAGUAACAGAAUCAAGCCACGCAUGGGCCAUGGGGCAUGGCAUGAUGGAGUAGCCUUUUGCCAAACUGAGACAAAUUCGUCCUUAAUCCUCCACUCCCGCGUGAAAUGUGAAUGGAAGGGUGUGCAGUGCAUCUCGAGAACAAAAUAGGCAGGAAUCAGUACUGAGCUGGAAGGAUCUCUGUCUAAAGAUGAAGAGGAUAUAAUGGAAGAGGAAGAUAUAUUACUGCUACCACGUAGGAUAGGAAUUAGGGAGGGAGGAAAUACUCUCUCUACUAAAAAGACUUGAAAGAGGGAACCGAAAAAGGAAGACUGAUGCAUUUUCUCUUUGUUUUUCCUCUCUCUCUCUCCUCUGUUGCCAUGUCUGCAACCUUGUCCCAGAAACCCAAAAAGAUCACGUAAUAUCUGUGACUUGAUUUUAUCACGAUUCCACAAGUUUUUCCCCUCUCCCUACAGAUGCAUUUGCGUAUCGAAAGUAGAUUUAGUACCCACAUUAUUGUCUUAAUAAUAAGGGGAUCCUCUCCUUUCCAGUUUCCCCUAUAAGUAUUAGUGGCAAUUGCCAUUCCCCUUCCCAACGGACCCAACCCCCCCGCCCCCCACCAUAAGUUAAAAUCCUCUGCUCGUCAGUUGGUCGUUUAGCGUUCAGAAGAAGACAUUAUAAUUAAUGAGUGUCUUGGUCCUCUCACGAGAGCCUUUGUCGGUUGCUUUUUGUUGGGUUCUAUAGCUAGCAGCUAUGGCAUCUUCUUCAAGAGGUCGAGAAUCGGAUGAGAGACCCCAUGUUUUAGCAGUGGACGAUAGUUUAGUAGAUCGCAGACUCAUUGAGAAGCUCUUCACCAGCUCUGCAUGCAAAGUUACGACUGCAGAGAACGGGCAAAGGGCUCUCGAGGUCUUAGGCUUGGGAGAUGGACAACACGCCAGCAACUGUGUGUCAGAGAUAAACUUGAUAAUUACCGAUUACUGCAUGCCAGGGAUGACAGGGUAUGAGCUAUUGAAGAAGGUCAAGGAAUCAUCCAGACUGAGAGAGAUACCAGUUGUCAUAGUAUCGUCUGAGAACGUCCCAACCCGGAUUAAGGAGUGCUUGGAAGAAGGAGCUCAAGAAUUCAUGCUAAAGCCUCUCAAUCAAUCAGAUGUAAUGAAAUUGAGAUGUUAUAUGAUGAAAUUAAGCCACCCAUCCAAAGGACAGCUCUGCAUUGGGAGAUAAAAGUUAGCAACUCUGAAAUGAUGGAUUUGAUAGAAAGAAAGGUAUUAGGUAGGCAGAGAUUUGUAUCAACAUCAAACUUGUUAUCAGUUGAACAAUCCUCUUUUGUAUGUUCAUAUUUUGUUCCAUUAAUAUCUAAAGAAAUUUUAAUUUA